CCGUACAAGGCUCUCGCAGGUACUUUUCUUAGGAUCACACUGUUGAAUGAGCCUAUAAAUAGCGGCUUCGAAUAUUUAAUGGGCAAUAUAAGAACGGCAAGAGUCCACCAAGUGCCAUUUUGCAGUGUCUUUGGAUCAAGUCAACUCCGACGUGCCUUUCCUUUUGCUGAGAAUGAAGGGGUUUACCGUGUCUGUCGGGCUAAUCCUAGCCGGCCUUGUCGCUUGCUGUCAUGCUCAGGUGUUCUCCUGGGGUCCUUGCCCCGCAGUUCAAGUAAAACAGGACUUCAACGCCACGAGGUAUUUCGGAAAAUGGUAUGAAAUCCUUCGAUUCAAUAAGACAUCCUUUGAGGAAGGCACUCGCUGUAACUACGCGAUUUACUCUAACGGUACCAGGAACGGCACAUUGAGCGUAAGAAACGCCGGUCUGCGAGGUUCAGAGGUAGACUCCGUUGAAGGCUUCGCUUACGCACCGGACCCAUCUCAGCCGGGCAAACUCAAAGUCAGAUUCUCUAAGUCCUGGUUCGCUGGCAACUAUUGGGUUCUAGACACCGACUACCGCACCUUCUCCAUGGUGCAUUCCUGUACCGGUUUCUGGCUGUUCAACUUUCAGCUCAACUGGCUGCUAAGCCCAAGCCGCAGCAUCACGGCCGAUGUCACUACCAAUGUCAUGGAAAAGUUCCAAGACGCUGGCGUUGAUACCUCAAACUUCAUACAGACCAACCAGACACGCUGCCCUGACUUCUAAAUAAGCCAUGGUCAUCGUUAACCCGAUCUUGGAGGAAAAGUAGGCAUGCACAAUUAUUUCAAGAAAAAAGCGGAUUGCUCAGUUUUGUUUAGAAGCAUAUGCAUUUGCAUUACCUACAUUCGCGAAAGAAAUAUUUUGUUUGUAUCCCUUGACACGAAUUUGCAUUUUUAAUUUGCUUCGGACCCACUUUCUAGUCUAGAACCACCUUUAGCCGCAAAACGAUUAAUAAAUGCUUUAUUUUGAGCACUGAACUGCACAAAUAAAGACAGAUAGGUUGAUUCGUUUAAAAUA